UAUCGACCUCCUCGUAGUGAAGUCGAGUCAUCCGGCCCGGUUCCCGUUCAUACGUCGUACUAAGCGUAAACUCGAGUGCCGUAGCAGCAGCUAGAAGACGACGAGACUCAAUGCUGCGAACGGAUAAACGCGCGGAUUGUCAUUUUUCUUAAGUCUCGCUUUCUUUUUAUCAGUGAGACGAAUUGGCGAUGGCUCUUCAAGAACAGUUUCGAUAGAUCCUCUCGUCUAUCAUAGAUCAUCGGCAGCUUCGUGGAUCUUGCGAGAAACGAGGAAAUAGAAUGCCGAUCGCAACCGGUUCGCGAUGACCUUUGUAGUUCCGUACGGUUCCGUGUGUUUCGGUCAGCCGUGAUUCCCGUGCGUGUGUGCGCUAGCGGACACGAAGAGGAGAGAACGUGGACCACGAACACGAGGGAUCAUGGCCACUCUGGCGGGCAGCUCGUCGUCGGGUCUGUCCAGGCCUCCGACCAUGCUCGAGCAGCUUCUCGAAGAGAUCAAUUUCCAAAGAACGAAGGAGUUACGGCAGAUGCUCAAGGACGACUCCGGUUUCGUGAUUCUUCAAGGCACAACGUAUUGGACGGAUUUAUUCGUCAGACACUUUCUCUUCCAAGGAGAGCACACGAUCGACGGCGACGACCUUCUCUUCUUCGUUAGGAAAAAACACGUGAAGACGUCGUCGCGAUAUCUGCCGAAGUUCGAGACCGAGGUCGAUGUAUUCCGCAAAGACAGCAAGAAACUGCCGAUCGGCGAUCCCGACAUCGAUUGGGAGGAAACCGUGUACCUGAACCUGGUCGUACAUCAGUUCGACUACACGCUCACGUUAGCGAUUUGCACAAGGACAAGUCCUAAGGAAUUGCAAGUAUUACGAAGGCAUUCGCAAAAGGUGUACGCGAGUCCGAGUCGAAGGCGAAUGGAUGCGAAGGGCGAUCUCGAAGAGAUGACGUACCCGCACAUAUGUUUCAUGGUGGAUAACUUCGACGAAGUAUUCUGUGAUAUUCUAGUCAGGGAUGGAGAGAUGGUAUGCGUGGAAUUGGUGGCGUCCGAUAGAGAAGGCGCCAUACAGGGUGUCAUUUUCCUGGGUUCCAUUAGAUACGAUGCACUGAAGAAAGUCUACGACGCGAGGUCCAGCUUGAGCACCAAAAUGGCUCAGCGCAUGACCUUCGGCCUGUUCUCCGGCGCGGCCUCCCAGCGAAUAGAAUUCGUUCGGAUGAAAGGGCCUCGUGGAAAAGGUCACGCGGAGAUGGCUGUGACGAAGCCGAAGGGUUCUGGGGCGGAGACGCCCACCUCGGAACCCGGCUACUGCGCGACGGACUCGCUGUGGGACGCUGACUGGGACGAUGCCGAGGAAUUGUUCAUGUAUCGACAUCAACGAAGGCUGUCCGAUCCGAGCUCCAACUUGAACAACUACGUCCGCGGCGGUUGGAGAACGAAGCCGGACACGGCUGCGACGAAGGCCAGGUCGGAGAACGAGGGUCUCGACUCGAUGGCGAACGGGUUGAACGAAAUCGAAGCUGGGGAUGUCCGUGACGCCGACGAACAGGAUAGCAGCUGGGGCGGCCGGGGCUCACCAGGAAAUCACAGGAGUCCGAACGCCAGACGACGAAGAUCCCCUCAUCUAUCUGGCAGGCAACAUCGUCCGAAGCAAAAGCAACGAAACUCGUGGGAGCGCACCGGAAUCGACAACUCGGUGAAUCGAAAAGAGACCUAUCACGAGACACUCGGUGAGCGUGCUCCCGCGUGUUUCACGCGACUCACCGUCUCUCCCGCCUUUGACGAGAUUCAACGAAAAUACAAAAACGGUGUCUGUAAAGGUAAAAGGCGAAAGAGACGAGAAAGUCGUAAAAACGCGACGCGAGACCGCUUGCAUCCGUCGAAUCGAAUCGUGUGUCUGGUGACAGGCCUCGAGAACCACCAGCACAACCAUAUCGAAGUCGGUAGCGAAAUACUCGUUCCGGCCGCGGCGUGCUUGACGGACGACUACGUCCGGCAGAAACUGGACGCCGGCGCGAUUUUGGUACACGGGAAGGAAGAGCUACCUCUGGGAUACGAGGAGCCGGACAAUAGCCGCAAACGCAGGCCGUACAGCACCGGGCAGAUCAAUCACGAACGGAUCAACAACCUGGAGAACGACGAGGACCAGCGACGUCUCAGCGACGACGAGCUGGUCAGGGUUCGUCGUACGGACGGGCGGCGGCGGCUCCGCUCGGCCGGCUCCGACCACGAGGAGUACUACACUUGCCGUAACAAGAACAAAAACGACGACCAGUUGAAAGACAAAAACGCGAACGCGCGUAUCACGCGCGGGAACCUGACUACGCACAGGCAGAGUGCCACCCUGCCGCGGCGGAGGCGAAGGCGAGCAUUGUCCGGAAGCUUCGCGGGCAACCCACUUCCGCCGCAUCGCGUCACACCAGACGGAACAGCUAUCUACUAUUGGUGCGAGCUCCCGCGCCGCCCCGGCUCACAGGAGCUGGACGACGGUGCUUACAACCCGUUAUGGACUAUGCGAGGAUUCACGCAGACCUUCCACUUCUGGAAGGAGACCAGACGGGCCCAAUCCGUUCCUCUAAACGCAUUUCUUACGUACAUUACGUUACCUUGGUGGAGUAUUGCCAAAGAUAUUCUUGAUCACCGAGAAGGACCUAUACUGACGUUCUAGCCAACGCGAGGGCAUUCCAUCUUUCAUUUCGAACAGAUCUCCAUUUUGCAUUUCUUUUCCCACUUUGUACACACUUGGAUAGAAUUGUGGCCCAACAUGAGAUUGAAAUGUAUAAAUUAAGGAAAUAAACGAAGUGAUAUUUAUAA